UAAUCUGGCAACCCAGAUCCCAUCUGAUCUGUCACUUAUUCUAUCAUUGGGCAGAAAACUAAGAUUAUUUCAUAUUAGUAACAUUAACUACUAUACUAUACGUAAGGUCAUUAGGAAAUCUGUCACUUAACGCCAGAAGCCAUGGGCUCGGGAGAGAGUACGACCAGAAAAGUGUCUUUCGGUGUCGAUGAUGAGGACAGAGUCAGGAUUCUUCGUGGAGUCAAGCUGUCAGAAGAUGUUCUCCAGAGGAUGAGAGGAGUAGCCAACAUUGCUCCAGAACGCACAUCAUCAUCAUCAACCUCAGGCCCUCAGAAAGACACAGGUGCCUCUCUCAGCACCAGCUCAAACUCUCCACCUCAGCAGAGCCCACAGCACCGGACCCAACCCAGUACCCAGUCCAGCACAAGCAAACCAGUCUCCUACGCUAAGGAAGAACAGAGGAGGUAUGAACUCCAGCAGAAAAUACUGAAGGAGGAAUUAGCCAAGGUGGCACAAAGAGAGAGGGAAGCUGCGAGGGAGGAGAUGACUAAAGCCAUGAGCCAGGAAAGACAACAUAUACACCAGGAAGCUGAGAAGGCCAAACAACUGGCUCAGCAGCUACAGAAGAAAGAUUCACAGCUGAAAGCGUUGGAUGCCUUCUACAAGGAGCAGCUGGCACAACUGGAUGAGAGGAAUUUGGAAAGAUACGAACAGAGCAAGGAGCAAUUCCACCAAGCUGCCUCCAAGACGGAAGCAAACGUGAGGUCUCGCAAUACAGACCCAGUGUGUCCUGGCCUGCAGUCUCAGAUUUUAUCCUGUUACAGGGAGAGCAGAGACCAGACCCUAAGGUGUUCAGACCUGGCCAAAGAAUACAUGCAGUGCAUCGAUGCUGCAAAGAAGAACCUGCUGGUCGGCCACUGAUGAAGAGAGGGAGGAAAAGGGUAAAACAGUUGUUUGAUGAAGACUUUUACUUUGGCACUAAGAGCAGCACUUGUCGUAUUCCUGUUUUGAGAGUUGAUUUGCUGUUAGCAUGCCUUGUUUUUAAAACUUCCUUCUAUUUAUCCACUGUAUCAUCCAGUAAAGUUGCUCUAUUAUUCUGCACAGCUACAUUCUCCAGGGAAACUUUUGAAAAAAAAAUGAGUGUUCAUAUUAGAUUCAGUACAUUUUCAAUUCAGUCAUUUACAAGAUCAGCAGAAAGUAUUUCUAAGAUUUGAGUUGUAAAGAUCCAUUCAGGGUCAUCCCUCCAUCAUCUGAAGGUGAAAUUCAGUUUACAUCUGAACCUCUGCAGCUUUUGUUGGGAUGGGAGAAAAAAAGCAUUUCAGGUGUGAGAUGAAUCGAGUGCAUAGUGACCGUCCUUUUUUUGAUCUCUGACUGAAAGAAGAACUGAUUGAGUUUUCUUGCUUCUGAGUUUUAUGGUUUUGUAUUUUGUUUAACAGCACAGGAAUAAGAUCAGGUAAUCCUGGCCAUGACUUCAAUUCAUCAGACCUGUGAUGUAUUGCAUUAUUUUAUUAAACCCUUCAUAUCUUG